AUGAAGGCGGCCGCCUGUGCGCUGGUGCUGAACGACGUACCAGUCUCAGCCUACGGGCUACGCCAUGGGGACGCCUCAUACGACCUCUUGGCAAAGAGGCGGGCGCCCCUCGGCGUGCGGCAGCGCGGCGGCUGGGCCUCCGACCGAGACUUCAAGUGGAAUGCCAUGCAGAUCCGCAGCCUGACAGAGCUGCUGCGCGUCGGCCUCCUGGCGACCUCUUUCGGCCAGGUGGCGGACGCCGCCCUGCCGCGGAUUCUCUUGCAGAGCGCGCCGCGGCCCGAGCUCGGCCUGACCUGUCCAAUGCUGGAGCUGUUCGCCGGCACGGGUCGCCUGUCCGCUGCGCUUCGGUGUUUCGUGGGUGGAUUCGCGGUGGAGUCGCCGGCAUGGGCCACCGGGGUCUUCAUGGUGUACCAUCCGCUCGAGGGGCUACGUCUGGGGGCGGCCGUCGACUUAGGGAAGAAGCAGCUUCGUUUCGCCUUUGGUUUGAUCGCGCUGGCCCGCUCCCGGGGCGCCCCUGUCUACCUGGAGAACCCUGGUUGCCCCCGGGUUUGGAGCGCGCCCGCCUUGAAGGCCCUGCUCGGGGCCCACGAUGCCGCGUCUUUCGACCUCGACACGCGUGCGUUCGGGGAGGGUGGCUCGGCGAUCCUGGGCGAGAGGCGCGUCGUGGAGGCUGGCGUCUGCUGCGGUGUCCUGGGAGUCGUUGCUGGAGUGGCCGCCACGGGCUUGGUGGCUCGGCAAGGAGUGAGCCAGUCGGUGCCUGGUCUUCUCGCCACACUCACGGCAGACGGCGAUCACUACGCCGAGGAGACCAGGAGUGACGACGCGGCGGAGGUCCGCUGGUCUGGAGUUCAGGGUGCGACGCCUGCGGGAGUGGAUGCUCGGCAGGUCUACCGUUUCAGAGCCAUGCCCUCGGACGCGGGGCUUGAGCAGCUCAAGAGGGACGGCGCGCUGCUGGCGGCGCGGCUGCACCAGCUGCAGCGCCCGCCCCCGCAGCCAGGCAGGGUGGAGAGGCGGGAGUGGUCGGCUGCCGCGCCGGCCGCGUGGCUGGCCACCGAGGACUUCCGCGGGCUGCGGCGAGGAGAGCGUCUCCCUGAUCCGCUGCCGCCGAACGCCGAGGUGCACGGAGACGUCGCUCUGGCCCCAGUUCAAGGUGGAUGGGUCGCGGCGCGCUUGAUGCCCGCGGCGGAGAUAGACGCUUUCGUCAUCGAUGAUCACAGGGCGCUGCCUGCGAAGUUCAGUCAGGAGGGAGCCAGGCGCCGCCCUUUCACGGAGACCGUGGACCUUCAGGUUGCUGACGAGCCCGAGGGAGGACUGAUGCUGGACGGACUUCCGUCGUGCUUGCGGGUGCUCCGGUCGUGGAGAGAUGCGGGGCUGGCGCCCGUUACUCACCACUCGAACUGGCUGAGGGCGCGUCGUAUCCCAGAUGGCGACCGCUCGAUCCACGGGCACGAGGUCCUCUGCAGGGCGCUGGAGUCCAUGAUCAGCGUGGACCAGCUCAACGCGCCAGCGCUCCAGAGCGCCGAGCUGGUCUGCCGUCGCCUCCAGGUGAUCGAGGACGCACACGCUGCGUCGCCGUCGGCACCAGACUACUCCGCCGCCGACGAGCACAUGAAGCACGUGGCGGCCAACCUGCGAGACAAGGCCGCGGUGCUCAAGGAGACCAGGAAGGCCAAGGAGGAGCAGAAGCUGCGCCGAGAGCCGAAGGGAGCAGCUACGGGCGACCCCGCCAAGGACGGGGUCUCGAUGACCGCCCCGCCGCCCGCCGAGGAGCUUUCCUCGCCACUAGCGGCAGCCGCAGAUCGCCAGCGAGAUCUGUUUCCGCUGCCGUUGAUUCAGCCGACGCAGCCGACAUCGGGGUCAGUCUCGUCUUCCACGCGCAGGAGGCUGGCUCACCGACGGCGCUCGGAGCAACUCGCCAAUGAAGCGAUUGCUGGUCUCAACGCUCUCCACCCCCCGUGUGAGCAGCGUGGUCAGACCACGGCGGCCCACCGCCUUGCGGCUGCCACAGUUUUGCAUCACGUUCGCAGUGCCCCGAUGACUACUACCACCUUUUCACGCCGUGGAGCCGCCAAGGAGCUCCUGGCCACCAGCCCGUCAUACACCGGUAACGAGGCUCCGAGCCCAGUGGUGCAGCACGUCAGAUCCCGAGUAGACAUCCCAGAAGUGGAUGCGGCCGCGCCUGCGGUUGAGACGGUGCUCGGCCCGAUCGGGAUGGACUACGUGCUGGAUUCUGAGAGCAAGAUGAUGCUCACUCCUGACGAGUGGCCCAGGAACCUCGACUCAGAGCCGCCCGUCACCCCGUACAUGGACGUGGUUUUGAAGAGUGACGCUGGCGCUUACCACCUGUUCAUCUCAGACUUGGAUUUGGCGACGCCCUUCUUCGUGGCGAAGAAGAGCGGUGCCCAGAGGCUCGUCUGGGAUGCGCGGGCGCCGAACAGGAGGUUCCGCGCCCCGCCUCCUCUUUCGAUGGGGGCGUCUGCCGCCUAUGGACGCCUCCACCUACCUGGUGAUCGCGACGACGCGAACUACUUCUACGCGCUCGGUCUUCCUACGGAGAUUGGGCUCUACUUCUCGUUGCCGCCCGUCUCCCGGGCCGCGUUGUCGCAAUGGGGGGUGGAGGCAGUUGAUGCCCCUGACAGCCCCUCAGGGGGCUGGGUCUGGCGUUUUUUGCGCGUCGUCCCCAUGGGCUGGUCCUGGGCCAUCUGGUUAGGGCAGCGUGCCAACGCGCACAUCUGCUGCCUCGCUUCUGGCCUCUGGAUCUCCAGGGUGCUGACCGAUCACGGCCCCGUCCCUCCUUUGGACGGUGGCGAGCCUUUCCUCCUCCCCUAUUGCGAUAACAUCAACGUCAUCGGCACGGACCCCGACCGCGGCAAUUUACAGCUGAACGCGAUUUGCGCCGAGUGGAGAAGACACGGAGUUCUGACCCAUGAGGCGGUGGAGGCGACAGACACAUUCACCAGCUUAGGCCGCUUUGUUGACGGCGGUCCCCAUAGUGGCCAACUCGACGUGUUCUCGGACGUCUCGACGGCGGAGGCCCCGAAGAUCCCCGACGAGGACCUCCAGCGAGACCCCCGGGAGCUCAACCCCGACUUCAUCGAGGUCCCCGCUGAGGCUCUGCAGGAUUAUGAUUGGAAAGAGGUCGUCUCCGCCAGGUUUCACGUCAAAGAGCCCAUUACCAUAGUCGAGGGCCGAGCGGCCAGCAUGACAUCCAGGCACGUUUUCAGGAGUCAAGCUGCGUUCGGACAUCUUCAUCUAAAGUUCGGGGACCAUAUUGGCCGCCCCGCGGCGAGCAGCCGCCUCGCCAGGAAGGACUUCCUGAAGGGCCGACCGCUUGUCGGCGCGACCAGAGCAGAGAGGAGCGCGAAGAGACAAGGGUCGUCGGGCCCUUUUCGGAUCCUCGACGAGAGCGACAGGGGUUUCCUGGAGUGGAACGCGGUGGCCCCGCAGACUCAGGCCUACUACGAGGAGGCUCUGACCGAAUUCCGUCGGUUCGCCAGCUCGCGCGGCCUCGCGCUAGCCACCGCGGCGGACGCCGACUUGGCGCUCACGAACUACGCCGACUACGCGUGGAGCAUCGGGCUGGAGAGGGCCGAUCUGCUGAAGACGCACGCCGCCUUUAUCUCGGAGUGCCCCGACUUUUCCCGAAAGGGAUCCUUCCGCUUGCCGCGAUUCUCGAGGGCGCUCCAGGGCUGGAAGAGGCUCGAUCCAGGACAGACUCGGCCUCCCAUCCCUUGGCAAGUCGCCGCUUUGCUGGCCAAGACUGCGGCCUGCGACCGCGGUUUCCCGAAGGUCGGACUCAUGAUUGUGGUGAUGUUCUGGGCAUACCUCAGGCCAAGCGAGGCCCUAGGGCUCCGAGAGCAGGACGUCUUCCUCCCCAGCGGCUCGUGCAAGCACUACGGCUGCAACCCACAUCCCUCGGUGAGGGGGGAGAGCAGCAAGAUGGGGCUAGCCGACGAGAGUUCCCUUCUCGACUCGGUCGAGGUGCCGUGGCUGGGGCCGCUCGUCGCGAGGUGCCUGACGCGCAACCCCACCGCGAUGCUCUUCCGCACGGACGCUCAGGAGCUGGGGCGGCUGUGGGGGCCCGCGCUGGCGUUCGCUCGGAUAGGCCGCCACUACGCGCCAUACCAGCUGAGGCACGGAGGGCCGUCUCACGACAGGCUUUGCCGCCGCAGGUCUCUGGCCGAGACCAAGGACAGAGGACGCUGGGCCUCCGACAACAUGAUGAAGCGCCACGAGGCUCACGCGCUGGUGCAGCAGGAGCUCACGGAGCCGGAGGGCAGCGCACGCCGCGUUGCCGACGCGGCGCCCAGCCAGCUCGAGCGAGCCCUGACGCUGGCGCUCAGCUGGCAGCCCGCGCCCAGGGCGCCCCCGCGGAAGCUACAGGCGGCCCGCAGAGCUUCGGAGGGCGCCGAGAGGAGCCGAGGCCGCCGCCUCGCCUCUUCACGCGCGAAGCCUUUCCUCGAGCUCAUGCGCGGGUCCGCUCGCCUGGCCAGCACCGUCGCCGCCGCUGGGUGGGCUUCGCAGGCCGCUGACCUCAGCGACCUUGGCGUGAUCGCCCGCCUCGAGCGCAGUAUUUUAGAUACUGAA